GAAAAAAAUGGCCACGAAAGCAAUAGCACGGUUCUUCUUCUUCUUCUUCUCUCAUCAGCUGUCUUUCCCUGUUUUUGCCUUGCCUUUUCCCUCCGCCCCCCUCUCUUUCACCUCCGGUAGGGAGAUUCUCACACCUCCAUCCAUCCCUUCUUACAUCCAGGUUUGAAAAAUGAUAAUAAUUCCCUAGAUCUCCUUGUUCAUUGUAAAUGGGGAGAUCUGAGGGUGAGUGAAAGGGAUAUCUUUUGAUGGGGGGCGUUGAGAGAAUGCGAGGAGGAAGUGGAGGAGAAAAAAUGUACAACACGUCAACUCCAAUGCCUACGCAUCAACUUUCCGAUUCUAAUCGCCGAAUUAUGGGUAGCCAUAACGAUAAUAGAGCUCGUAAUCUUCGAGUCUAUCAAGCUUGGAAAGGCAACAAUAUAUUCUGCCUUGGGGGUAGACUAGUUUUUGGUCCAGAUGUCAGGUCGCUAUUCCUUACAAUCCUUCUAAUCAUGAUUCCAGUAGUCUUAUUUUCCGCUUUUGUUUCUCGAAGGCUCAUUGAGGACUUCCAACACCAGCUAGGUGAUUAUAUUGUAGUUAUAUGUGCCGUCUUGACAGCAUACGUUAUUAUUCUUCUCUUCCUUACUUCUGCAAGAGAUCCAGGUAUUAUUCCUCGUAAUCUCCACCCUCCAGAAGAUGAAGGCUCAAGUAUAUCUGCUGAUUGGCCAGGAAGUCAGGUUUCUGGCCCAAGUUUACCUCCCACAAAAGAUGUUAUGGUGAAUGGGAUGGUAGUCAAGGUCAAAUACUGCCAAACGUGCAUGCUAUAUCGCUCACCAAGAUGCUCUCACUGCUCUAUAUGCAACAACUGCGUUGAGCGUUUUGAUCAUCAUUGUCCGUGGGUGGGGCAAUGUAUUGGCAAGAGGAAUUACAGAUUCUUUUUCAUGUUUGUGUCUUCCACAACUAUUCUAUGCCUCUAUGUUCUUGCAUUCUGCUGGGUCAACAUCAGGAAGAUAAUGGAUACAUAUCAUUGUGAUAUAUGGAGGGCCUUUCUGAAGUCUCCUGUUUCAGGAAUCCUGGUAUUAUACACAUUUAUAUGUGCUUGGUUUGUUGGAGGCCUCACUGCAUUUCAUCUGUACCUGAUAUGCACCAAUCAGACAACAUAUGAGAACUUCAGGUAUAGGUAUGAUGGAAAGAUGAAUCCUUACAACCUUGGUUGUGUUCGUAAUGUUCUGGAGGUUUUCUUCACAAAAAUUCCAAAAUCAAAGAACAAGUUCCGUGCAAAGGUCCUGGUUGAUUCAUCUUCUGGCUAUGCUGCUUCAAUGCCGUUGAGCCAUGUCUUGAGCCCAGAGGUGCCCAAAAGGAGCUUUGAUAUAGAAGUGGGGAAACGACAAGCUGUUGCUGAUGAGGAUUUUGAAGAUUUACAAAGUCAGAUUGAUAGUAUUGGUGGAUUGGAGAGGUGUGGAACCCAGCCAAGACACGCAAAUUGGGAUCAUAAAGCCAACUGGGAGAUAACACCAGAUAUACAGGUGUUGGCUGCUGAGUUUGGAAUGGAACCUGGUUUGGCAGAUGGGCAGAAAAUUUCUCGUGAUCAUUGAAGUUUGUUUCAAGAAGCAUGUUAUAGUGAGUGGAAAGUUUUCUGAUCCAAGUCAAUAUGACAUCUCUAACGGGGCUGAUUGAAACUGGUCCCUGACAUGGCAUUCAACUCAAAGUGCCCAUCGAAAGGAUGUUAUAUGCUUCACGUGUGGAAGGAGAGAAUACUCUUGUUUGUUUAGGUAUGAAAUGGUACAUGCUGUAAAUUUAUCUGCUUUCAUAGUUUGGGAUUGUUGUUGUGCUAUUACGUGUUCAUUUUUCUGGAAAUUUGUUGAGUGUUAAUACUUGUCAGUUGAUUCGUAAUGUUAGACAGAACCGUUGGCCUCUUACAUAA